AUGUUGGCCUCUCUGUCCACGAUGAUGUCGCAUGGCUUCAAGAGCAGUAAGCAGGACUUCACCUUUGGACCAUGGAAAGUGACUGCUGCCAGAAACCACAUCAUGAAAUCCAGAGACAUUGAACGGUUAGCCGAGGAGAUGAACAUGCCCUCUCUCCCAGAGAUGCUGUUUGGGGACAACCUCCUGCGCAUCCAACACACAGAUGGUUACGGCAUAGAAUUCAACGCCAUUGAUGCCCUUAAGAGAGUCAACAACAUGGAGGAUGCUGUCAAGGUGGCCUGUGCUCAGGAGUGGCAGGAGAGCAGAGCUGAUUCUGAACACUCCAAAGAGGUGGUGAGACCCUAUGACUGGACAUACACCACAGACUACAAGGGCACUCUCAUAGGAGAAAGUAUGCAAAUGAAGGUGACAAAGACAUUGGAACGUAUUGACAUGGAGAAGCUGAAGGCUAGAGAACAGAUCAUGUUCUUUGAUGAGGUGCUGUUGUUCGAGGACGAGCUGCAUGACCACGGUGUCUCAAUGAUCAACGUCAAAAUAAGGGUGAUGCCCACCAGUUUCUUCCUGUUGAUGCGUUUCUUCCUACGAGUGGAUGGAGUGCUGAUUAGAAUAAAUGACACACGUCUGUAUCAUGAGGCUGGAAAGAAUUACAUGCUGCGAGAGUUCAGCACAAGGGAAAGCAAGAUAGCAGAACUAAAGAAUGUUCCUGCUGCACUCUACACUGAUCCUAAUGAGAUUGCCCAGCACUUAACCCUGAAGCUGACAGAGUGUGAGAAGCUGGAGCUUCCUGAGAUGCAGCCUCAGACAGCUGUUAACGACGACCUUCAGUGAUGGAUAUACUCACAAGUCCUCAUUGAUGUCUUGCAUGAUGAAAAUGGGAAUAGUAGUCCUAAACCACAUUCUUAAUCUUACAGUAACGUAACAACCAUUGAUCUCUCCUUCAAAUAUCUGCACAGGAAUAAUUUUUAUAUGUGACCACAAUGAUGGUGUGUUCACAAAACUCUCCAACCUGACUGUACACAGUUUCAGUAUGUUCUCAGUGCAGUUUGGUGCGCUAUGGUAUCAUCGAAACUUUAACCCCAGUGAAAUACUUUGGUCUAGCUACGGUUUCUGUUCAUAUAUGAACUGAUUUUGUUUUGUGAGAUUUUUUUGCACUGUUCAACGGACUGGCCUUUUUACAUGAAAGGUUUGGUAGGGUAGCUGUUUUCAUGCUUGUAAUAUUAGAAUAUCAUUAAUGUGUUUGUAAAAAAAAGCUUCACAAAACAGCACUGUAUUUUCUGAAGUCAUCAAGAAUUUCUGUAAAUAUGUCUACUCUAUUUUCUAUGGUGACUUGUGGUAGGUGAAAAAGCUUGGUUUCAUUUACAAGUCAAACACCUCCUGAAUCCAUGUGAAUAUGUCUUCCAUGUGGCCAAAUAAAUUCUGUUUGUGCAAAUAUAGCUCACUUACAGUAGCUUGUA